GCUUUGCGUGAUGUUAUGUUGCAUUUCAGCUCUCACCAGCUCGGCAGUACGGUCUUGGGAAGAAUACGGGAGAGACGCUACCAUGAUGGAAGAGGCGAAAUAUGUCGACGAUGUGAAGUCGCUGAAGUCGCUGAAGUCGCUGUAUAAAUACGUUGUCACCGGUGCAUUCUCCACUACGGGUGCAUUUCAUACUAUUGAUCCAUUCCCUACCGUUAAUGCAAUUCACAUCGUCAACUUAUCUCGCGCCUCAUCGCAGUGCAAGUCAUUCAUAAUAAUACUUUCUACCAACCAUGUCAGUCCCUCUUACUCAUCGAGUUGGUGGCUGGCUGCCCCCAGACUCUGACGUUUUACUUCAUUGGGUUCGACGCCUAGUCAAGGAGGUAGACCGCAGGGCUGGGCAUAAGGAAUUCAGUCCAGUUGUCAAGGAUCUUCGUACCCUGAUUGAAAGCACCCCUAGGCUCCGUAUGCUAGCUUCAGCUAUGUUUGAUGAGGUCCCCGAUAAGGACCCAUACAGAACGGACCCUAAUGGGUGCAGGCAGGUUCGGGACUAUCAUCAUAUGCUUUGUUUGUUUGAUAUUAUUGUAAACGAGAAGGCCCCGGAGUGGAGCAAGACCGAAUAUAAUAGCGGAUUGAUCGGAUUCCCGUUCAAUGCCAUCCUAGAUUGGCCUAUGGCGACCCCGAGUGGGUACGCAUUCUUCCUCGACAAGGAAGUCAAUGUUCAACUUAGGAACGUUCUAAACUACUGGAGAGACAAUGUUCUUAAGACAAGCAAGUCGCUAUAUGUCGUUACCAAGAACGAAAAAGGGUGGCUUAGCGAUGAAGCUACUGUAUGCGUCGUAGAUGACGCUGGCGCACACGGUAGUCCGUUUCACGAUAUCUUCAAAUGUGACCUUAGCGACGAGGACCAUUGGGGCUUCAAAAGUUGGGACGACUUUUUCGUCAGAGAGUUCAAAGACAUCAAUGUUCUUCGACCAGUUGGUAGAAAGGACGACUUGCGCUGGGUCGUGAAUUCGUGCGAGUCUAAACCAUUCUCACUCCAGAUGAACGUCAAGGAAUACGAUACAUUUUGGUUGAAGGGACAGCCGUACUCAGUGGCCGAGAUGAUGGGCCACCACGAGAAUGCAGCAGAUUUCGUCGACGGGACGGUUUACCAGGCCUUCUUGAGCGCUACGUCCUACCAUCGUUGGAACUCACCGGUGAAAGGGAGGGUAGUACACGCAGAGGUUAUCGAAGGAACAUACUUCUCAGAGCCUACCAUCACCGGCUUCACAAACCCAGUUGGCCCAGAUCCUGCCGCACCCGAUCAAGCACAGGGUUACAUUACUCAUGUUGCCACCCGAGCAAUGUUCCUCAUUGAAGCGGACGACCCAAAGGAUGGAGGUGGUAGUAUUGGCCUGAUAUGUGCCAUCUAUGUUGGCAUGGCUGAUGUCUCAACUUGCGAAAUAGCGAAUAAGUUUAAGUUCCCAAGGUCAAAGCCCAUUGCGGUGGAAAAGGGCGAGGAACUUGGAAUGUUCCACCACGGCGGCUCAACCCACUGCCUUCUGUUCCCGAAAGACUUGCAGCUACGAUGGGUGACAGAAGCUUUCCCGGGCGCAGCUAAGAAGAAUCUCCCAAUUCGAAGCAGGCUGGUUUACGUGGAGAAGAAUGAAGGUUGAAAGGCCAAAGAGUGGGAAGCAAUGGACAACCGCCUUGAAUAGGAAAGGGCCCGGGCUCACGUCACACUCUCACGAUCGUUGAUUCUAUUAGUAUCACAAGAUCUACACUCUUUUCUUUAACGAAUAACGAUCCGAUCCUUCCCGUGCCGAAAUACAAACUAUUGUGUCAGUGGCGUUUUGUGGCUUGAUUAUCUGUGAUUGCCCCGCAAGAUCAUAUAGCUUUGAUAGGUAAAGUUGCUGCAUGUCUCACCGAAGGGAACGUAGCCAUUUCGACGGCCCAAUAUGUUGUGUACGGUCGGAACCCUUCCUUCCCCGACCGCCGCCGUCCGAUAUACUAGGGACGAGACGUCUAAGACAAUUUACCACGGGGUAAAGAUCAACGGUGUGGUGGGUCGUUUUUCAGCUCUCC